CGACGAGGUAGCGGAUUGUCACCUUCUGAUGUCACAUGUGAUGAUUUCUAAGAAUGAUCUGUUUUACCACGGUUGAAUCUAGUUGUAUUAUUGAAUGACGAUGUUGAUACCGUUUAGAAGUGUGUUGCUCUCUGCAGUAAGAAAACAUAAUUGUCGACUGUUUUCGGGCAGCACUUCCACUGCAAGGAAAGGCUUGGUUCUGGGCGUCUAUGAGAAACAGUCAAACAAUGACGGAAAGUAUUUCACAGAGGCUGCAGCGGAGUUUGACAAGUCUCUCUCAGGAAAACUGUCACAAAUGCUCUCUUUAUCUGGACCUCCUCUGAAGAAAGGCAAGAGCAGGAUCUUCUAUGGUUUACAUCAGGAUUUUCCUAGUGUAGUUGUAGUGGGUCUUGGUAAGAGCGAUGCAGGUGUGUGUGGGAACGAGAACUGGGAUAACUGUAAGGAAAACAUCCGUGGAGCUGUUUCAAUGGGUUGCAGGCAGCUUCAGGAUCUUGAGGUCGCUCAUGUUGAGGUGGACCCGUGCGGUGAUGAGCAGUCAGCAGCAGAGGGUGCUGUGCUGGGUCUUUUUGAGUAUGAUGAGCUCAAGACUAAGAAGAAGGUCCGUGUCACAACGACCCAACCUCAUGGGAGUGUGGACACAGCAGCAUGGCAGAAAGGUAUUCUGUAUGGGGAGGGGCAGAACCUGGCUCGACAACUGAUGGAAGCUCCAGCCAAUCACAUCACUCCCACAGUGUUCGCAGACACUAUAGAGCAGAAGCUGUCACCUUUUGCAGACAGAGUGACUGUCCACAAGAGGCCUCAGUCUUGGAUUGAGAGUGAGCAAAUGGGGGCUUUUCUCAGUGUAUCUAAAGGCUCAGAGGAGCCCCCCAUCUUUUUGGAGCUCCAUUACAAAGGCAGUUCUGACUCUACACAACCUCCUCUUAUGCUGGUGGGGAAAGGAGUCACCUUCGACAGUGGUGGUAUCUCUCUGAAGCCGUCAUCAGGCAUGGAUGCAAUGAGAGCGGAUAUGGGCGGAGCUGCCACAGUGUGUUCCGCUGUCGUCACGGCAGCCGCUCUGAAACUCCCAAUCAAUAUCAUUGGUUUGGCCCCGCUCUGUGAAAACAUGCCUAGUGGAAAGGCAAACAAACCAGGCGAUGUUGUCCGUGCCAAAAAUGGUAAAACCAUUCAGGUCGACAACACUGAUGCAGAGGGCAGACUGAUUCUGGCUGAUGCUCUGUGUUAUGCUCAUAGUUUCAAUCCCAGAGCAAUAAUCAAUGCUGCUACACUUACAGGUGCUAUGGAUGUGGCCUUAGGUUCUGCUGCUACAGGAGUUUUCACUAAUUCUGAUUGGCUGUGGGAACGGCUUCAUAAGGCAAGCAUUGUAACUGGUGACAGGGUGUGGAGGAUGCCACUGUUUCAGCACUACACCAAACAAAUAACAGACUGUGCACUGGCAGACCUGAACAACAUCGGAAAAUAUAGCCGCUCAGGGGGUGCUUGCACUGCUGCAGCGUUCCUAAGAGAGUUUGUGACAACUGAACAUUGGGCUCAUCUCGACAUCGCCGGGGUCAUGACCAAUAAGGAUGAAGUGCCGUACCUGCGGAAAGGAAUGUCUGGAAGACCUACGCGUACUUUGGUGGAGUUUGCUGCUGACCUGGCCUCUGAAUCCUAAUGUGACCUCUUUGUGACCUUUGACCUGAUUUCCUCAGGACCACAAAAAAGUACAUGUAUCCAUGAGGCUCAGAAUAACAGUGUCCAGUUAUAAAUAUAUUUGAUGCUGUUUGAAAUUCACUGACGCUUACAAUCAGUGAUCAGCACAGUGAAAGGAUGGGAAAAGUAAUUUUUAAAGUGGUAUUUCAUACAAAAAUUGGAAUUCUGUUAUCAUUUACUUACACUCAUGUUGUUCCAGACCGGUAUGACUUUCUUACUUUCAAUGUUAGAGGUUGACAUGGUUUAAUUGGAGCAGUUGUGUCACUGAGCUCUAGUUGCAUCGUAAUUAUGAAGAAAACAAAAAUCAACUUAAAAUAAAAGAACUUUUUGGUUUACUUUUUUUAGAAGUUGCUCAUUGUUCAAGGAACCUUUAAACUUCUGCAUAUUUGUGUAAUGACAUAACCUUAUACCAAUGAUUAUUACUGUAUACAUUAUAUCAUGUAUACAGACACUCACUUUAUAAUAGCAAUAAAAUCUGUGGCCAUGGAUGGUGAGAAAAAUGUC